GCUGCGCAUGCCUACGCUAUACGACGCUUCAUUGAAGUACGAUAGUUUCCUGUGUCGAUUGCUGCGGUUGUCGUGUGGGGGUAGAGUCAUGACUUAUUGUUUUAAAAUUCAUAAUAGCACAGAAUCUAAAUAAGAAGUAAUGGCAUCUUUAGCAGCUAAACGAGAGGGCCCCCAGUUCUUCAGUGAAGGGGCAGUUCGAGGCAAUGCAGCUGUCUUGGACUAUUGUCGGACAUCUGUAUCUGCACUGUCUGGAGCAACAGCAGGCAUCCUUGGGCUGACAGCAUUGUAUGGCUUUGUCUUUUAUUUUCUGGCUUCAUUCCUUCUCUCAGUUUUGUUGGUUCUGAAAGCCGGCCGUCGGUGGAGCAAGUACUUUAAGUCACGAAGACCACUUUUUACUGGUGGUCUUGUAGGAGGCUUAUUCACUUAUGUUCUGUUUUGGACAUUCCUGUAUGGCAUGGUGCACGUUUACUGAGGACACAGUUUAAUUAUAAAUGUGUUACUGGUGAUGAAAUUGUUAAAGCAUACUUUGUAGCAUAAACAAAAUACCACCCAUUCAUCUUGUGCAUUUAAAUUCCCUGCCUGUAGCAUAGCAUUUCCAACUUCAAGUGAUUGGCUGACAGUUAUGUUAACAGCUUUCUAUAAAAAAAAGUGUAAAAACAGGCAAGUAUCAGUUUUACACAGUUAUUGAUGUGGUCUGACAAUUUCAAGUGUAAUGGUUAAAUCCUGGUCUGAGUUGCCACUGACAAAUAAGUUUGUUGGCUACUACUUUUUGUUGUUGCAUAUACUUGCAUUUGUGAAAAUCAUUUUUUUUUUUUUUUCAGUCCGAUCCUGUCAAUUUUCUAACCAUUGAUAGCAGUGCAGCUUCAUUCAGCUGUCUGAGUUACUGUGAAAAUGAUUGUGAUUGCUUAGGAUGGCACACAUCAGAAAUUUAAUUAGAAUGGAGAGGGAGUUUGUUUUUAUGUAUUUAUGUUAUGAAAAGGAUGAGGAAUAAAUUAUUGACUUGUCUACACAGAGGUAUCUGUUGUUACAGUUAAAGGAUUUUUAUUUAGAAACUGCAAGAAUUCUUGUGAGCAAUUUCUGUUUUUUUAAACAGUUUAAAUACAAUGUCACGAUUUGCUGAUUUUUUUUCUCUCUAGUACUGUGCACAUCUUCCUUCUGCUUGGUAACGUUUUUUUCUUUACCUUUCCAUACCUGGAAGUUGCUACAUGUUGCUGGGUGGGUACUUGUCAGAAUGUGUGCUUAUCUUCAGUGUGUAAAUAAGCACUGGGAUUCAGCUUUUAGAUUUCUGCGACCGCCCACUGUAUUGUCAGUGCCACUGGUUGUGGCUGAAAAAGAUUGCCCUACUGGCCCUCUAACUUGGUUAACAAAUGUUGUAGCCUGUGUGUUAAGUACGUUGGUUAUAGAUGACUCUGGAAUAAAUAAACUCUCUUGCAGAAGUUUGGAAAUAUUUUUUUUCUGUAUAGUGUGGAAUUGGAUGUCAUGAUUCCAAAACUUUCAUUGUUACUUGGCCAGUGUUGGGAUGACAUUGAGUAAUAAACUACAGUCCUCUCGGGGAAAAAGGCAAAAGUCUCUGUGUCAAAUACUUUACCACGUGUCUCUGUUUUUGAGUUAUUAAAGGUAUGUGAAUAAUAAUUGAAGGCAUCUCCUAAAUGACUGACCAGAAUUCUGAAAAUGUAGCAUUCAUUAUGUUUGCUGUUUAAUCAUAAGUUAUGUUAAGAUAUUUCACUGAAAAGAAAUUAUUCUGAUGUAUGCUUUUAAAAUAAUGAGUCCUUGUAGCUGUGGGAUGUUUAAAUAUUUUGGGGAAUAACCAAAUUUCUUCCAAAUCUUCUACAUACUGACAAAUAGAAAAGACCCUUGGUUUGUGUGGCUUACAUGAUUGUGGCAGCUACAUUAAUUUUCAACCUGUCUGUGGCAGCUUUGAACCCCCAUUGUUAAUUUAAACCACCACGACUCUAGGUAAAGCAUUCCAGAGUGCUGCCACUGUCCUGCCCACGCAGUGAAGUAUGUCGUGAUGUCUGUUUGUUUCUGCUUGCACCUCAUAAUUCCAACCCUUGUUUUCAGAGUACACUGCUAUACAAUUUAUAAUUGAAGCUUGAUUGUGAGGUUGGCGGUUUCAGAACUUUAAGUAGUGGAGAUGUUUGCAUUUAGUUUUAGUCAUUUUAAUUUGUAAACUAGUAAUGCAAAGCAGAAUACUCUGGGUGCCUUUAAUUAGUCUCCUUGUCUGACUUAUGGUAAAUUGGACAUUUCUGAAAGUUCAAAACAUUUGUAGCAUUAUUUCUGCAGUCUAACUGCCGAUUUUAACAAUGUCUGUUUUUUUUCCUCUGCAGUUCAGAUAUUUUAGCAUUGUAGAUGCAACACUGGAGGUUUCUGAGCAGUAAAAGUUUAUAGAAUUAUAUCUGCAGUAAAACUGGUGAUUUUUUAAAGAAUCUGGUGUUUUUAAUACGUGUGUGUUCUGAGCUAUUAUAUAAAGGAGUUGUGAAUGAAUGUUAUGACUGAGCUAGACUGGUUGCCCAUUUGCUAUUGGACAACUCUAUCCCUACAAGAUUAACAUUACUCCUUCUCAGAAAAAAAAAUAGCAGCAAUAAAAGUUAUUUGAUAAUAAAAGGCGCGCUCAUUUUUUUCUCUACUCUAGUUUGGAUUAUGAAUGCUAUAGUGUCUUAAAGGCACCCAUUUCUUUAUAGUAGUAACUGUAAUUGCUGUGUAAUUCCCAGUUUCAUCAUGUUUCAAGACCUUAAUUGUGUCUUUGUCUAGUGGUAGUUCAGCAGUUUCAAAAUGUUUUACUGUUUAACUUUUUUUUUUUAUAUAAAAAUGUAUUCUUUUUUGUCUAAUGGUAGUUGGUGUGAAAAUGUUUAUACUGUAACAGGGUGCUUGCAGAAAAUGGCAAAAAACCUUCCUUUUACUUAUCAAGCACAAGAAUAUUUAGAAAGUAAUUGAGUGUUUGUUCUUAUGUUUGAGCAAACCAAUAAUGUGAAAGCACUUUGCUUUAUUAAUGCUGGAAAAGAAUAAUAUGAUAAUAAAUGCAUAAACAUCUGUGUAUGAUUUUAA